AUGUGGAACGACCUCAAGCAAGAGGUCAAAAUGCUGCGGCAGUACAGUACGCCACUGGGAAAUAUUUGGUAUGUAAUUCAGUUCAUUUUCCGACUCCUGAUAGUGUCGAUGAUCGGAAGCCAAGUGUAUGGUGAUGAGCAAGGACAGUUCAAAUGUGAUACCAAUCAACCCGGCUGUCAGAACAUUCUCGCCAGUUUCCCACAUGCGAUUUUGGUCGAUUCAAAUGCUUUUCCUUUCCAUGCCGAAAUUCGUCUUCCACGCGUACAUCACCUUAGUCAUAAACAACAAAAAGUAUUAGAUCGAGCGUGGGAAAAGCUCAAAGAAACGGAGACUGAAGCUCGCGCAGAUUUCUCCGAUGAUGAGAGCACUACAAGGAACUCGCAACUAUCCGACUUAAAAGCCGCUAGGGCGUAUGAGAAAAUCGAAAAGCAGAAGAAAAAGUACAUGAUUCGUGAAAGCCAAAUCAAGAAAAAGAAUCACGUGGAUGAUCGAGGAAACUUAGAGGAGGUGAUCUGGACGCCCGGCAUUAGACUUGGAUACUUGCCUACAAAUUACAACAGAACCAGACGCGAAAAUCCGGCUGGAUCGCCUUUCGGGUUCCGGAGCGAUACGACUGCUUUUCCGACGAACACACGAAACCGCCAUGGGGCGAUGAGACUGUAA